AAAGCACGCAAGUCUCUCUCUGACACAGUUUAUCAAUUGUCAGUUGUCCGAAAAUUUUUGCGCGUCAAACAAGGACACUCAAAACUGUUGAGAAAAUGCCGGUGCGGGUGGAUCCGACGCUUCCACCGCCGGCUAAUUCUAAACAACCAGGUAUAACGAAAUCGCUGUUAUACAACGGUUCCAGAUUCCAAGGUUUUCAAAAAUCGAAAGGCAAUUCGUACGAAGUUGAAGUGGUUUUGCAGCACGUCGACGAAGAGAAUUCAUACCUAUGUGGAUACCUACAAAUUAACGGCUUAACUGAAGAGUAUCCUAAACUGACUACGUUUUUUGAUGGAGAAAUAAUAAGUCAAAAAUAUCCUUUUCUAACGCGGAAAUGGGAUGCUGAUGAGGAGGUUGACCGAAAACAUUGGGGUAAAUUUUCCUUAUUCAGCGAGUAUGUGAAAACAUUCAACUCUGACAAUUUUGAUUACAAAAUUUUGGCAGACACAGAUUAUGUAUUUAUGCGAUGGAAAGAGCACUUUUUGGUACCUGAUCAUACCAUUAAAGAUAUCAGUGGUGCCUCGUUUGCAGGAUUCUACUACAUUUGUUUCCAAAAGUCCAAGGCUACUAUUGAAGGUUAUUAUUAUCAUCGUAGUUCUGAAUGGUACCAAUCUCUUAACUUAACGCAUGUGCCUGAAAAUUCAAUACAGAUAUAUGAAUUUAGGUAAAACAAGUGAACGCCAAAUUUUAUUUGCAACAUCAAUUUUAUCAUAACAUUUUGCAAUAAUACUUUUUAUAUGAGAUUUUUGUAUCACUGUUGAGUUGCAGAUUGUGACUUUUAUUUAGAGUUUCUAUAAAUUUUACAACUUGUAAGGGUUGACUUGUAGGUGGUGUAGAUCAUUUGAAUAGGCCUUCAAGUUUGAUUCAUGGAAAUGAAAAUAUUGAAAGCUUUUACACUGUUUUAGGGAAAUAAAGUAAAACUUGAACUGAAAUACUUAGCAUUUUGGUUUUUUUCUGCUUAUUUAUGAGUGGAGCAUUUCUACUAUGGGCACUCAAAAAAACUGCUCUAAUACCUAAAGGAAAAUGAUGUAAACAUUUGUUUUUAGCCCAGAUCGCUGCCAAAUGAUAUUGUCUUGACAAAACCUAGGCUGGUAAUAAGUUCCCUACUUAUUUUUAGAUCUAAUUGAUAACAAACUUUUAAUUCUUGGUAAAUGUCAUUCCUGUCAAGAUAAGACAUUAAAAUGUUGUGUAUGUACAUUCAACUACACUCAGUCUUUUUUGACAGUAAUAUUGAUUGUCUCUUUAUACUCUACUCGCGAUCUUGCAUAAUUGCAGUGACAACGUUACUUCUUUGGUUUGGUAAUUCUUAAAAGCAGAUUUUUUUUUUAAAAUGAUUUUUGUAAUAGGAAAAAGAAUUGGAGAUGGGAUGUGUUAACAGAUUCUAUUAAGAGAAAAUGAAUGUGUUAAAAGAUAUAAAUAAAUAAUGAAAGUGACGGAAUUGUUACUGGAGAGAUUGUGACUGGUUAUUUACAAUGCGAUACAAAAGUUUUGUUUACCAAAAUAUAAGAUCUUUUGUGGCCAUAACAUCCAGGGACCUUACAACUUACUAACCAAAACUUGUUGAGAUAAAUUUUAUUUAACACUUCAAAUGUUUAAUUACAUGAAAAAAUUGCAUAAAAUAGACCCCAGCUUAAACCCACUCUAUUAUGUUUCUUCGUGUUCUCUAUGUUCGCUCUGGUGAAGUCCAAAACAUAGAUUGCUCAAAGCAAAUUGGAAAAAUUAGGAGAAUUUGAUAAAUUCUCUUGUAUGUACGUACUUUGUUGGUUACCUUGUACAGGCCAUUGUUAAAAUAAUUAUGCUUAGUUAUAUUCUGAUUCUAAGUAAAAGUCCAAGUACAUCAAAUUAAAAUUAUCAUGAAAGACUUUGAUGGCUUUUUCAAUUUAAACAGGUCUAUUUUCGAACUGAUUAUCAAAAUAGGUAUUUUGUGUGCUUUAAAUUUUUAUUUUAUUUUUUUGUUUCGCUGUAAGGAAAUUUUAGGUCGGGAUUAUCCAACUUGGUGCUGUUUAUUCACAAUUGUAUUUAAAGCUUUGUCUAUUUACUUUUUUUUUAAGAUGACUUUAAUUGUAACAACAUUUACAGUUGCAUUUCUCUCAACUAUUCUCGUCCAUGAUGGUAGAUAGAAGUAAAGACAAAAAUUUGCUGAUAUUUCCUGGUUUUUUAUGACAAUUCAGUAAGCUACUCGUUAAGUUCGGAUGAAAUUUUCAACUAAAUAAUCACAUCUAUGUGUCAAUCGUUUUGAAUAAGGUGCCUUUCAAACCAUUUUUUCAUAGAAAACUGCUGCAAUUUAAAAAAAAAUUGUUGAAAAUGGAACCGGGUAUUUUAAAAUUAUUUCUAAAUUAAAUUAAUAAUUAAAAAUAUCAUGCUGGAUAACCUCGGCCUUAGCCUAUUUAUUUGAUGAAAUGGUUAUGUAUAUUUCUGUGUAUAAAAUAUUUAAAUAUAUUUUUUUGAAUUGUUUUUACCAGUAAGUAAUUGUGUUGAUUUUGAGAAAUUGUGAAAUAAAUUUUAUGG